AAAAGAAAAAUGAAAGUUAAUACCAUCAAAUCAAAAAGGGGCAGUGGAUGGUUACGUGACCGGAUAUGAAAUACAUUCGCGUUUCCCAUGGAAGCGCCAAGUCUUCGUCACCGUGGAGUUUAACAGCGCACGUGCGCACGUAGCAGAGACAACUCCCGCAGGAUCGAUAAGCUCCUCCUCCUUUUUCACAUUGACUUGAUUUCACUUGAUCCUUCUUUGCCAAGUAAAAACCCUCAGCUCGAGAUCUUUCCAUUUUCGUCCCUUAUUGAAGAAGAAGAAGAAGACGAGGAGAAGAGAAAAGAACAACAGAAAAGGGCAAACAACCAACGCGUUGGCCAGCCAGACGUUCGCCGCAACUCAACGUAAACGGCCACGCCGCUCCGCACCGCUUUUCACAUCGAGAACAACAUCUGCAUUCAUGGAUCGCCGGCCAAAAUCACGAGGAUUUCCACCUUUCAACAGGGGGACAGUGUCGGGAGGAUUGGCCACUUCUUCCGUGUCCUUGGCUUGCUUCAUUUUGCUGAUCCAUUUCUCGACCCCGGUAAUCGGUGCCCCGCAAAACAAUAACAACGCUGCCGGUGGUGGAUCGAUUCUGACCAUGGCGGCGGAUGACUUGAUCCAGCCGUCUGCCAGUUGGCUACUCGAACGAUCCAAACAAUCCGGCAGCUGGGGGGUUGACACGCCAAGGGCCCUCCUAGCCCUGUUGCGGGUCAUCGCCGAUCGUUCCGCCACCACAGGCGCGUCGUCCACCGUCAACUUCAAUCCCAAUAGUCUCCAAGGAUUGAUCCUGCGACAGGAAUUUGACAUUCAACUUCUUCUAUUUCUGCUCAGGAAUCAAGGAUCGACUCCGCAGGAGGAGCAGGCCAACACCCUGGAGCCCAGUCGCAGUCUGUUUGCUCUAACUUUAACGGCCAUGUGCCGCAACCCGAGGGAUUUCUACGGCCAGGAUAUUCUCGCGCCUAUCUUGGUCCUGGAAGAGGAUCACGAUGGAAAGCUUUUGCAACCGUUCACGUUCGCCUUCAAUGCGAUGGCCGUUUGUGCCGGAGGCGGGCAUCUCAAGCGACGUCACGUAGUCAAGCUACUCGAGUCCAUCAAUCAGCCGCCCGUCCAGACGCACAGCAUUGAUUUGCUGGCCAUGGUAGUUUUGGCUACUUCUUGCCUCUACCAGAGCAGCCCAAAGUAUCGUCAUUUACAAGACUUUUUGGAACAGCCACUGAAAAUGAUUGCGGCUCAGCAACAGCCGGAUGGCUCUUUUGAUCAUAACGUAGCGACAACUGCGCUGGCCAUUCAGGCUUUGAAAAUCCCUGGCCAACUGCUGGAAGAACAACCAACGGCCAAGCCAAUAACUUUGCCAGCAUGGCGUCCGGACUUGACUGUCGACUGGCUAAGGAGCCAGCAAAAGGCGGAUGGAUCAUUUGGCGAUUUGUUCACGACCAGCGAAGUUCUUCUAGCCCUGGCAACGCAACCUGGUUACGGUUUCCUUUACAGUCAAUGCUCUAAUCUUAACAAUCAGUCGGGCCAGCUCAAUACGACGACUACCCAGCCACCUCCAACCAUCCCUACGACUAUACCAUCCGCUGGAUCGUUAGGUGGCGAUCCGGCUCAGAAAGUCCACUUUACUUACGUCGUGUGGAUCGGGCAAAAUCGAUCGGACGUUUACGCGAUCCAGUUGACCGUUCCGGCCAACAGUUCUUUCUACGAGGCUAUGAAAAUUGCGGCCGAAGCCGAUCCGCGUUUCGAGUUCUCCGCCUCCGUCUGGCCCAACGGGCAUUACAUCCACACCAUAGGAGGUCACAGGGAUCAGUACAUUGGUUUCCAUUUCUGGCUCCUUUUCUGCAUGCCAAUGAUGCCGGAUCCCGCGAAUCCGCCUUCCGUCAUCGCACCUCAUUACGUCGCAGUCGGAGGUGUCGACGAUAUGUUUCCUAAAAAUGGAGACUACUAUCUUUUCUGGUACAAGGACGUUUAACAAUGAGGUCGUCCCGAAUUAAUCCUUGAUGUUUUACCCUUACGUCAGCUGGUUUUGUUGUCUGAUAUGUAGUCCAACAAGACGUGUCGCCAGAGGUCGCAAUUCAAUAUCGUAUUAUCGUUCCUAUUAGAAUUUGUUAUUAUAUUUCGUUCUGGAUAAUAAUGUUUUCAGCAUUUUUUUUCCUAACUUUUAACUCUCUCUUUCUCUCGGUAGACGAGUGUCUAAUUAGGAAUGACGCCCUUACAUGUAGCCCAACAGAUGUUUUAAACAGAACAAUACACACUGUCGGGCCA